AUGGAGCCAACAGUAGGAUUCCCGAGUCGCGAACAAAGUAAUGCCACCUGCAGGCAAUGCAAAGAGAGUACUACCUUCGCAACAAACCUAAACAAGCCUCCCACGUGGACCUCAGACAUGGUCUUGGGAUGGGCGGGUCACCAUGAUGGUGAGGUGGAGUUUUUGGAGAAGAUGAGGCGACGACUGGACAGCGUGGGAGUAUCGUUCCCCGGAGUGGAGGUGCGGUUUGAGGGGGUGAGUGCGUGCGCCAAGGUGCAGGUGGGGGCGAGGGGGCUGCCCACGCUGCUCAACCAGCUCGCCGAUUCUGUCGGGGCGCUGCUGGGGGGUGUGCGGCUACUCAACGACCAGUGUCGCCUCUUCUUUGCUCUUCAUGGCUGCUCUGGCAUCCUCAAGCCUGGCAGGAUGACGUUGCUGCUGGGCCCACCAGGCAGCGGCAAGUCAACGCUGCUCAACAUCCUGGCAGGGAAGGCAGAGAGGGAGCUGCGCGUGCAGGGCGAGGUGACAUACAAUGGCCGUCACAGGAGCGAGUUUGUGCUGCCGCGCUCCGUGGCGUUCGUGCCUCAGACGGACUCCCACAUUGGCGAGAUGACUGUGAGGGAGACCCUCGAGUUCUCCGCUCGCCUGCAGGGACCGGGCCACCUGACAGACCUGUUUCGGCAGCUGGAGGAGAAGGAGCGGGAGAUGGGGGUCAAGUCCGAUGCUGUCGUGCAAGCCGUUAUCAAGGCGAUGGGUGAUGAGAGGCGGUGGUCAGGUGUUGUGGUGCCAUACGUCCUUAAGAUGCUCAGCCUGGACGUGUGUGCUGAUACCAUGGUGGGGGACAGCAUGCGGAGAGGAAUAUCAGGAGGCGAGAAGAAGCGGUUGACCAUCUCCGAAGCACUCCUCGGUGCGAAACAAGUCCUCCUAUUGGACGAGAUCUCCACCGGGCUCGACUCUUCCACUGCCUACCGGAUCAUACAGUGUCUGUGCAGCCUCACGCACUUAACUAAUACCACCACCCUCAUCUCCCUGCUGCAACCCGCACCGGAAACCUUUGAGCUGUUCGAUGACGUCAUGCUGAUGUCAGAGGGGCGGAUUGUGUACCAUGGGCCCCGGGAGGAGGUGUUGGGAUUCUUCCAGGAAAUGGGGUUUGCGCCGCCCGCCCGCAAGGGAGUGGCUGACUUCCUGCAAGAGGUCACCUCGUUAAAAGACCAGGAGCAGUACUGGCACCCAUCCCAGCCCCACACAUACCGCUACGUGUCUGUCCGAGCCUUUAAGGAGGCCUUCCGAGAAUCCUGGUUCGGGAAGCAGAUGGAAGCAGAGCUGUCCAUUCCAUUCAAGAAGGAUCGGGUCACAGUCAAGGGAGAGGAUGGGGGAAAAGAGGCGGAAUACAUGGAAGAAGGUCAGGGCAAGGACGCGGAAAAUGGGGGAGAGGGGGGAAACGGAUGCAGCGAGGAGGGGUGUGUGUCUCGUGCAGUGGCACAGAGGCGGUUUGUGCUUCCCCCUCUUGCCAUGCUCAGAGUUGUGGUGGGCCGUGAGUGGCUGCUGAUGAGGCGGAAUCUGCUGCUCUACAUCGUGCAGACCGUGCAGAUCCUCCCCCUCGCGAUAGUCACAAUGACUGUCUUCUGGCGCUCCCAGUUCACCAUAACGCCAGUGGACGGCAACUACUAUCUGGGAGCCAUCUUCUUCGGCAUAAUCACCAUGCUCUUUGGCGGCUUCAUAGAGAUCACGCUGCUCACGGCCCGUCUGCCCAUCUUCUUCCUCCAGCGGGACAGCCUGCUCCUCCCCGCGUGGGCGUGGUGUGUCCCCAUGGCGCUGCUCUCUCUGCCCGUCUCCCUCUGGUCCGCUGCAGUCUGGACCGCCGUCACCUACUAUGGCAUCGGAUUCGCCCCGGAGUUCUCCCGCUUCAUCACCCAGCUACUGCUAUUCUUCCUGACCCACGCGGCCACGUCUGCUCUGUACCGCGCUAUGGGAGUCAUUCUGCGCAGCACGGUGCUGGUCAACACGCUUGGCAACUUCAUCCUCGCGCUGCUCUUCCUGCUCUCAGGCUUCAUCAUCACCAAACCGGACAUCCACGGCGUGUGGGUAUGGGUGUACUGGCUGUCACCGCUCACUUACGUGCUCAACGCUUUCUCCACCAAUGAGUUUCUCGCCCCCAGAUGGGAUGUGCCCUCUAUGCCACCAUCACUGAACGUGACAAUGGGAGUGCAGGUGCUAGAGGCGCGCAGCCUGUGGACUCAGGGCUACUGGGUGUGGGCGGGUGCUGCCAUCAGUGUCUUCUUCACUCUCUUCUGCAACGCAGUUACCAUCCUCGCACUCAAAUAUCUCAACUCGUGGCCCAAGGCGCAGCCAGUGAUAUCCCAGCAUCAGCUAGACGCGCGGGAAGCAGCUCUGACCGGAACAAAUCUGCUGAGAAACGACCGUCUUGAAAGAGAGCACAGCAGAAACAAGCUUGCUCUAUCUGGUGUGGGGGAGGUGAAGCAGCACGGCAUGGUUCUUCCGUUCACCCCUCUCACUCUCUCGUUCCACAACGUCAACUACUCCGUUCCCCUCUCCUGCCCCAGGAGAUUGACAGGGAUUGGUAGCUCAUGCCUCAUCCUCAUCCCUGCCCGCCUGCACUUGCAGAAAUUAGUGGAGGCGGUGAAUGGAGCGCUGGUCACUGGUGCGGUGGUGACGACUUCCCAUCGACUCUUGUGUUCUCUCUACCCUCUCCUCCUCGCGUCGCCCUCUUCUCUCCCCCUCCUGUCCGGAAAGAUUUGUGUGGAGGAAGAAUUUGUGGCGGAGGUGGAGGAGCUGGUGGAGCUGGAGGCGGUGAAGGGCGCGGUGGUGGGGAGGGCGGGGCAGGACGGGCUGUCGGUGGAGCAGAGAAAGCGGCUGACCAUCGCAGUGGAGCUCGUAGCCAACCCCUCCAUCAUCUUCAUGGAUAAACCCACCUCAGGCAGGGCUGGAUGCGAGGGCAGCGGCCAUAGUGAUGAGGGCGGUGCACAACACAGUGAAGACGGGCCGCACAGUGGUGUGCACCAUCCACCAGCCUUCCAUCCACAUCUUGGAAUCGUUUGA